AUGGUCUGCCUCCAGGAACCCUGUUCCGCUUCCCGUAAGCUCGUUGGCUACCAAUACCACGGCUUACGUAAGAACGAGGAGGCUUGUAUAUUGUCCAAGCGUGGCAUCCCCUGCCACACGGUUUUUGCUUCCCGCGACCUUGUUGUGGUCAAGGGAAACAACUAUGGUAUAGCGUCAUGGUACCUUCACGGCACGGAUAUGCCUAGGAGGGAACUGGCGCUCUCUGAGCUUGACCAGGUCCUUUCCACAUGGCCUGUGUCCGUCCCGCUCUACAUCUGUGUCGAUGCUAAUGCUUGGCACAUAGCUUGGGGCUCAGAGCUAACUGCUAGCAACCUGCGUAGGCAGGCCUGGCAGCGUGGUGAGUCACUCGUAGAUUGGUGCCUGGAGAAAGGCGUUCGGAUUCUGAAUGAUGACGAAUCCUUACCAACCUUUGAAUCCGAGCGGUAUCACUCCUGGAUUGAUCUCACCCUACUGUACGGUACUCCCAGAGACGGCAUCUCGCCCCGAUGGGAGCUAGUGGACGACCUUUGCGGGUCAGACCACAGGUUACUCUACACAGAGGUAGACAGCCAGGGUGGCAAUCUUGUGCUCCCGCGAUUGGCCCAUCGCCUCGUAGAUAUAGCCAAGGUUAUGGACGGUGCUUCUCGGAUUCCCUCUGAUACUCCUUUACAGGGUAUCACAGAUUCCUUGAGCACCUUGGUAAAACAAUUUACGCCCGAAGCCCCAGCCCCCUCUGACACCACCUGGUGGACGGGCGAGCUGUCUAGGCUGAAGGCGAAGCUUAAAAGGGCCCAGCGGACGUUCUACCGCCAUAAAAGGUUAAACGGCCCGGAUGCACCUUCCACGGCGCAUUAUCGGGAAAUCCGCGACGUUGCCAGACGUAAGUUCUGUGCCGCUGUCAAAGAGGCCAAGGGAGCAGCUGCUCGUAGAUUCUUUAAGGAUCUGCGGCACUACUCUCGUUGUGUUGAACGAGGUUGUCCCCGAAUUCCUCCUGCGGCCAUAUGCCCGCAUGGAGUGAAUCAAGCGGACUUCCUCCUACGUAGGCUCUUCCCCCGUGAUCCCGAAAGGGCUGCGGAGGUCGAUGCCUUGGUUCUACCGCCGCAAACCGAUCCCAUCCCGGCGGUCACCUACUCUGAGCUCAGAGAGGCGGCCGAUGGUCUACGGAGAAGCGCGGCCCCUGGAAAGGAUGAUGUGACCAAUGGCAUCAUUCUCGAUACUCUCGAGGUGCUGAAGGACAACUGGUGUACCCAGUUCACUGAAGCUCUUGAGACUGGUAUAUAUCCCGAUGGGUGGAAGUCAUCUAAAGGGAUCUUCAUUCAUAAGACCGGCAGGGACCCCACCAAGCCUAACGGCUGGAGGCCAAUCUGCCUGGUCGGUUCAG